CGCCCCCACCAUGGCCGCGUCCACCCUGUCCGUCUGCUCCAGCGACCGGAGCUACGGCAGCCGCGUCUGCCUGCCCGGCUCCUGUGACUCCUGCCCCGACUCCUGGCAGGUGGACGACUGCCCAGAGAGCUGCUGCGAGCCCCCCUGCUGUGCCCCCACCUGCUGUGCCCCCACCUGCUGUGCCCCCACCUGCCUGACCCUCAUCUGCACCCCUGCGAGCUGCGGGUCCAGCCCCUGCCCGUCAGCCUGCACCAGCUCCUGCCAGCGCUCCCCCUGCCAGGAAGACUGCUGUGUGUCUGUCUGCUGCAAGCCCGUCUGCUGCACCCCUGUCUGCUGCACCCCUGUCUGCUGCAAGCCCGUCUGCUGCACCCCUGUCUGCUGCCAGGCCUCCCCCUGCUCAGCCUCCUCAUGCUGCCAGCAGUCUAGCUGCCAGCCCUCCUGCUGCAGCUCCUCCCCCUGCCAGGAAGACUGCUGCACCUCUGUCUGCUGCACCCCUGUCUGCUGCAAGCCCGUCUGCUGCAAGCCCGUCUGCUGCACCCCUGUCUGCUGCAAGCCCGUCUGCUGCACCCCUGUCUGCUGCACCCCUGUCUGCUGCAAGCCCGUCUGCUGCACCCCUGUCUGCUCUGGGCCCUCCCCCUGCUCGGCCUCCUCCUGCUGCCAGCCCAGCCCCUGCUCCUCGUCCUGCUGCAGACCGUCCUCCUGCGUGUCCCUGCUCUGCCGCCCUGUGGGCUCCCGCCAGGUCUGCUGCGUGCCCGCCUCAGCCCAGAAGUCCUGCUGCUGA